AUGUCAUCUUCGUCAUUAACUGUUGAACCUGUUGCGUCUUCACUUCAAACUGCCUUGGAAGGCUAUGUUGGGUUUGAUACCAUCACGCAGCAAAUUGAAAAGAAGCUGCUGAAAAGAGGAUUCCACUUUAAUGUCAUGGUAGUGGGCCAAUCUGGUUUGGGUAAAUCCACCUUGGUCAACACCAUCUUUGCUUCUCACUUGAUUGAAAGCAAGGCUCGCCUCUCUGCUGAUGAACCGCCAAGACAGACUACCGAAAUCCAAACUGUAUCCCACUUGAUUGAGGAGAACGGAGUGCGUCUCAGACUCAAUAUUGUUGAUACCCCUGGUUACGGAGAUCAGGUCAAUAACGAAAACUGCUGGGAGCCCAUUAUCAAAUACAUCAAAGACCAACAUUCAGCCUACUUGCGCAAAGAGUUAACUGCUACCCGUGAUCGCUACAUCCAAGAUACCAGAGUCCACUGCUGUUUGUUCUUUAUUGGCCCCACAGGACAUGCGUUGAAGCCUAUUGAUAUUGUCGUCCUCAAGAAGCUCUCUGAAGUUGUCAAUGUCGUACCUGUGAUUGCCAAGUCUGAUUCACUUACCAUUGAUGAGCGUGCUGCAUUCAAGCAAAGAAUCAAGGCAGAACUCGUAUUCCACAACAUCAAAUUAUACCCUUAUGAAAGCGAUGAGGAUGAUGAGCAAGAACAAGCCUUGAACGAGAGCAUUAGAGAACUCUUGCCCUUUGCUAUCGUCGGUUCGGAGCGCAAUGUUGUUAUUGAUGGUAAACCAGUCAGAGGCAGAAAGAACAGAUACGGCGUGAUCAACGUCGAAAAUGAAGAGCAUUGUGAAUUCAUUUAUCUCCGCAACUUCUUGACUCGCACUCACCUCCAAGACUUGAUUGAGACAACUGCACAGAUCCACUAUGAGGCAUUCCGUGCAAAGCAACUGUUGGCUAUCAAGGAAUCCACUCAACCUGCUAGUAGUCAAGCUUCCCUUGGAGCCACACCCAAUGGCAUGCUUCCCAAUAGCCUUAAUACCAUGGUCAGCCCCAACAGUUUAGUCAGCAAUGCCCUCGCGAGUCCUGGUGCUGCUAGCUCCGCAGUGGGAAGUCCUGCACAAUCUAACAAAUCUGUACCUGCUUUUGGUUGA